CUCUUCACCCCUUUGACCAUUUCAGCAAUGUCGGAAGAAACGCCAAGGUUGGUAGACUCGUUCACUGCACCCAAGGAAGUCCUCCAAGAGUUUGCAGAGCUCGCCGAGGAAGAGGAUGUCGACCCGUUUGCAGAGACAGCGUCUAAGCGCCAAAUAGCUGCUCGUCAGUCGGACUACCACAACAGGCGCUUUAAUCGCGUUGCAAACGAGAGCGGAGACGCGUUUCAAGAUGGAGAGGACUCCGGCUACAAAGAAGCGAUGAGGCUGCAAAUGCUGGAGAAGGAGGAGCAGAGGGUGAAGAGACUGAUUGAGGAGAAGGAGAAGAAGGAUAGGGAGGAGGGUAAAGAGAACAUGGACCUGGACAAGACACCGCCGAGAGCCGAAAUACAGGCGGCGGCUCAGGAGUUGGCUGCUGCUGCUGGGUCCAAGCGGAAACGGAGGUGGGAUGUAGGAGACGACGAUGAAAAGAAAGAGGAGGCCAAGAACGAGAAUAAGGAGUGGUCCGAUCAAGCUCUGGAGGCUGCCGCACCCAAAAAGCGACGUUCAAGGUGGGAUGCUACGCCCGCCGACGUGAAUGCAGCUCCUACUGAGACUCCCAAGCGGUCGCGGUGGGACCAAACGCCUGCUGCUCCGCCAGAUGUCGCUCCUACACCCAUUAUUAUGAAUGCUCCCGGCUUCAUGAUGGAGGACAAGCACAAUCGAUUCCUCACGGACGAAGAACUAGACGCAAUCCUACCCUCUCAGGGCUAUAGCAUCGUUACGCCGCCUCCAGGCUAUGCGCCUAUGAUUCACCCCAGAAAGUUGAUGGCGACUCCCCUUACCACAAGUCUCGGAGGUUUCGAAAUCAAAGAAAGCUCGGAUGCCGCUGCAGUCGCUGCGGCGGCUGGCCUUGCUCCUGAGUUGCCAACCGAAAUACCAGGCGUUGGGAAUCUUGCUUUCUUCAAGCCCGAAGACGCUCAGUACUUCGCUAAAAUUCUGAAGGAAGAGGAUGAGACGGAGCUGUCAGUGGACGAGAUGAAGGAGCGUAAAAUCAUGCGUUUGCUUCUCAAGAUCAAGAACGGUACCCCUCCCGUGCGUAAGACCGCUUUACGACAAAUUACCGAUAAAGCUCGAGAAUUCGGCGCCGGACCCCUUUUCGACAAGAUCCUUCCGCUUCUCAUGGAGCGCACUUUGGAGGAUCAGGAGCGGCAUCUACUGGUCAAAGUCAUCGACCGAGUCUUGUACAAGCUCGAUGAUCUGGUUCGACCAUAUGUUCACAAAAUCCUGGUCGUCAUUGAGCCUUUGUUGAUCGAUGAGGAUUACUAUGCGCGAGUUGAAGGCCGAGAAAUUAUCUCUAACCUGUCGAAGGCGGCUGGUCUUGCCCACAUGAUCUCAACGAUGCGUCCUGAUAUUGACCACGCCGAUGAAUACGUGCGCAAUACCACCGCUCGUGCAUUCUCCGUUGUCGCAUCUGCCCUGGGCAUCCCUUCCCUCCUGCCUUUCUUGAAAGCUGUCUGUCGUAGCAAGAAGUCGUGGCAGGCUCGUCAUACGGGUAUCCGCAUUGUCCAACAAAUCGCUAUCAUGAUGGGCUGCGCUGUCUUACCCCAUCUACGCAAUCUUGUAGAUUGUGUGGCCCAUGGGUUGCAGGACGAGCAGCAGAAGGUUCGGACUAUGACUGCCUUAGCAUUGGCCGCUCUCGCCGAGGCGGCUGCUCCCUACGGUAUCGAGUCCUUCGACAAUGUUCUGAAGCCCCUCUGGCUUGGUAUUCGUCUUCACCGUGGUAAAGGUCUAGCAGCGUUCCUUAAGGCCAUCGGCUUCAUCAUCCCGCUCAUGGACCCCGAGUAUGCCUCAUACUACACGAAGGAGGUCACCGUCAUCCUUAUCCGUGAAUUCCAGACAUCGGAUGAGGAGAUGAAGAAGAUUGUCCUGAAGGUUGUAAAGCAGUGCGCCGCCACAGAAGGCGUCACUCCUCAGUAUAUCAAGCAGGACAUUCUGCCUGACUUCUUCAAGGCAUUCUGGGUACGCCGGAUGGCUCUUGAUCGACGAAACUACAAACAGGUCGUCGAAACGACCGUGGAGUUAGCGCAGAAGGCCGGUGUGUCUGAAAUCGUCGGACGCAUUGUGAACGACCUCAAGGACGAGGCCGAGCCUUAUCGUAAGAUGGUUAUGGAGACGAUUACCAAAGUCGUCGCGUCGUUGGGUGCGUCUGACAUCGAUGAGCGAUUGGAAGUCCGUCUGGUAGACGGUAUCAUCUACUCGUUCCAAGAGCAGACGACUGAAGAUCAGGUCAUGUUGGAUGGCUUCGGAACUGUCGUCAACGCUCUCGGCAUACGAGUGAAACCUUACCUUACGCAGAUCGUCUCCACCAUCUUGUGGCGACUGAAUAACAAGAGUGCGAAGGUCCGUCAACAAGCGGCCGACUUGACUAGUCGACUUGCUGUGGUCAUCAAGCAGUGCGGAGAGGAUCAGCUGUUGAGCAAGCUUGGCCUCGUCUUGUUUGAGCAGCUCGGUGAAGAGUACCCAGAUACCUUGGGAAGCAUCAUCGCAGCGGAGGGGGCUAUCGCCAACGUCGUUGGUAUGACUCAGAUGAAUCCCCCCGUGAAGGACCUUCUUCCUCGAAUGACCCCCAUUCUUCGUAACCGACAUGAGAAGGUGCAGGAAGCUUCAAUCAACUUGAUCGGCCGUAUCGCUGAUCGUGGUGCGGAAAUGGUGCCAGCUCGUGAAUGGAUGCGUAUAUGUUUCGAGCUUCUGGAUUUAUUGAAGGCUCAUAAGAAGGCCAUUCGCCGGGCUGCCGUUAACUCCUUCGGUUAUAUCGCGAAGAGUUUGGGUCCUCAGGACGUCCUGCAAGUGCUGCUAACCAAUCUGCGUGUCCAGGAGCGCCAGAGUCGUGUUUGCAGCACUGUGGCUAUUGCAAUCGUGGCCGAGACUUGCGGUCCUUUCACCUGUAUCCCCGCAAUCCUCAACGAGUACCGGACGGCCGAGUUGAACGUGCGAACAGGUUGUCUGAAGGCCUUAUCUUUCGUCUUCGAGUACGUCGGCCCGCAGUCAGCCUACUACGUUGACUCCGUCGUUACGAUGCUUGAGGAUGCUCUCACGGAUCGUGACCUUGUACAUCGUCAGACUGCGAGCACGAUUGUCAAACACUUAGCUCUGGGUGUGGCUGGUCUGGGCUGCGAAGAUUCUAUGCUGCAUUUGAUGAAUCUGGUGUGGCCGAACUGUUUCGAGACCUCGCCUCAUGUCAUUGGCGCUGUUAUGGAGGCUAUCGAGGCGAUGCGUGUAACACUGGGUCCUGGCGUAUUGCUGAGUUACGUACUGCAAGGCUUGUUCCAUCCAGCUCGGAAAGUUAGGGAGGUGUAUUGGCGGAUAUAUAACUCACUCUACCUUGGGGCCGCCGAUGCGUUGGUACCUUUUUAUCCAGAUGUGGGUGAGCUCAGCGAAGGGCAGAACGUGUACGACAGAUAUCCCUUGCAGGUGUUUAUAUAGUUUAUAGUGUUUGCUGUAUUAUUACGUUAUCUCUCCGAUGUCUGUAUUUCACGUAAUCAUUAGUCCUUGAGCCUCGCAGGAAUAUCAGCCGUGUCAAAUACACAUAGGACAUGGGUACAUCAGUCUACUCUAGAUCAUGAACCCCCACUGGUAAGAUUGGGGGGAAAUCCUGCGAAAUCUACUUGGUCUUGCACGGGGGUGCCUCCAGAUGUGUAUGAUAUCCGUAAACGAAGGCGGAUAUUGCUCCCUGGUGGCGCGAUGACUCGCAUUUGCUGCGUCUCCACAGACCCGGGGUUGACGUUAGGAUUCGACAUUGGCAACAUCUGUAGCUGUUGUGAUUUUGGUACCGCUGCCUGGAAAACAAGGCCCGUUACAGGUUGUCCUGCCGACGCCUG